AUGCCUCCGAAAAGUCGUUUCGUACGGCUCGAUGCCUUCACAAAAACGGUCGAAGAUGCGCGGAUACGGACGACCUCCGGAGGGAUCGUGACCAUCGUCUCGCUCAUUCUCAUGCUUUGGCUUGUCUGGGGGGAAUGGCGCGAUUAUCGACGAGUUGCCGUAAAAGCCGAGCUGGUCGUUGAUAAAGGUCGAGGGGAGAAGAUGGAGAUACACAUGAACAUUACCUUCCCAAGGGUUCCAUGCGAAUUGCUUACGCUGGAUGUCAUGGAUGUAAGCGGUGAAGUACAGAUGGGUGUUUUGCAUGGAGUGAACAAAGUUCGACUCCGUCCAGAGAACGAAGGUGGCAGUGUUAUUGAGAGCAACGCGCUGGAACUCCACGAAGAUACCGCCACUCACUUGGAUCCCGACUACUGUGGUGAAUGCUAUGGUGCUCCCGCGCCAGACUCUGCGAAGAAGAACGGGUGCUGCAACACAUGUGCCGAAGUUCGAGACGCAUAUGCCGGAGUUCAAUGGUCCUUUGGUCGAGGGGAAGGCGUUGCGCAAUGCGAACGGGAACACUAUGCCGAACAUUUGGACGAGCAACUGCAUGAAGGAUGCCGAAUCGAGGGGGCAAUCCGCGUCAACAAAGUGGUGGGAAACUUCCAUUUCUCUCCUGGGAAAUCCUUCAGCAGUGGAAACUUGCAUGUUCACGAUCUUGAAAACUACUUCAAAGACGAUUCGAACCACAGCCCGAGCCAUAUUAUCCACAUGCUCCGAUUUGGGCCUCCACUUCCCGAAAAGUCUCGUGGACAAUUGACUGCUGUAGGAGGCGUCUGGACGAAUCAUCAUGUCAACCCUCUCGAUGGUACCGAGCAGCAUACCGAUGACAAAAAGUACAACUACAUGUACUUCGUCAAAGUAGUCAGCACUGUCUAUCUUCCUCUCGGAUGGGAGAAACGGAACGAUCAGAUUACGAAUGUCCUAGGAGAUUCUCAUGACUCAGUCGGAUUGGGGAAUUUCGGUCAAGGGACAUCCGGAAGUGUGGAGACACAUCAAUACAGCGUGACGAGCCAUAAACGAAACCUCGAUGGUGGUAGUGAUGCAGAUGAAGGGCAUAAAGAACGAUUGCAUGCUCGAGGUGGUAUUCCCGGCGUAUUCUUUUCCUACGAUAUCUCCCCUAUGAAGGUCAUCAACCGCGAAGUACGAGCCAAAUCAUUUUCGGGUUUCCUGGUCGGAGUAUGUGCUGUGAUCGGUGGUACACUGACCGUUGCUGCGGCAGUGGAUCGAGGGCUAUACGAAGGGCAGCAGAAAGUCAAGAAGUUACAUCAAGGAUAG